UUCAGAAAGAUGGGCGUCUACACGACCAUCUUUCUCUACGCCCUAACGAGUUCCGUCUUUUUUCCGGUAUUUCAGUCGCUGAUAUUUUAUAAGGCCUGCAUCACAUUAUCCAAUUCUACGGAGCCCGAAAUUGCAUGUAAAUCAAAAGAAACUUAUGCCCGUGACAAUUCAGUACAUUCCAUGUCUAGUGUUAUCUUAAUGGCUUCAAGUACGGGUCUCUGCGUCUCCGCAUUCUUCACAAGUCGAUGGGUUGGCCAUCUGAGUGACGUCAAAUCCAGGAAAUUGGCGUUUUUGAUUCCAUUUAUCGGGCUUUUCAUAUCAGAUUUUACUAUUUUGAUUCAAGUUCUGUAUCCAAGACUUUCCCCGUACUAUUUCAUUGUUUCUGAGGUGAUUUAUGGAUUUUUCGGAGGUUAUAUGUCUAUAACGUCUGGAGCAUUUUCGAUUGUUAGCACUAUGCACAGUGACCAGAGAGAAAGAGCCAAGGGAAUUGCUCGGCUGGAAGGAACUAUUUCGUUGGGGUCUACUGUGGGCUUCCUGAUAAGCUCCCAGCUCAAAAACUUCGGGUACCUCGGAGCCGCGAGCUUCUUCCUGGUGGCUCAUUUCAUCGCCUUCAUGUCGGCAGUUUUCAUGAGAGACCCGGAAAAACCUGAUUUGCAGGAAAAAUGUGUGAAGCGGAAGCCAUUUUGUCACGGAACCGACCUGCUCAAGGACAAGAAGCCGCCGACGAGCACCAAUCUGAAAAUCCUGUACUUUUCCUUCGCAUGCUCAUAUUUCGCAUUUAUUGGCUCUACGAGAAUUUUAUUUUUUUAUUUAAAACAUCGAUUUUUCUGGGGUGCCGAGGAAUUUGGGUAUUUGAAGGCUAUGAAUACAGGAAUGACUACAAUCAUGUCACUAGCACUGUACCCAUUUCUCAAAAAUCUGGGAAUCACUGACAUUCGGCUUGCAAUUUUUGGGCUUCUUACACGGAGCAUUGGCCGAGCCUGGUACGCCGUGGCCUGGGAGGGAUGGACAGUUUUCAUUGUGGUUUUUUUCGAAAUGUUCUCAAAAUUCCCGGCGACGGCAAUGAGAAGCUCAAUUGCAACUAAUGUUGGGGAGCAUGAGAGAGGCCUCGCGUUCUCCCUGGUCGCCGUCAUCGAAGCCCUGUGCAAUCUGACGUCAUCAUGGGUAUUCCAUUUGGCAUGGCCAUUGUCUCUCAAUGUCUUCCCUCAAUUAUCAUUUGUUAUCAUGCCUAUUAUCAUUCUCCCAGCUAUUACUUUAAUGAUCCUCAACAUGCGCUACCUGGAGGCGCCCGAACUCAAUCCAGAAGAUCUCACAACUUCCAUCAAAAAAUCGGAUGACAUAUCAGAAAAUGUCAAUGUUCAUGACCCAGAAGCUCUGCCGGUUUUACAUCACAUUCCCACUGAAACGGACACACUUACGGAUAGCACCUCAGCGUGAUAAAAUUCCACGAAAAAAAAAAAUCAAAAAUUUAAUGCAUAUUUCAAAAUUUCCCCAUCCCUACGUCUGUUGAUAUUUGUAUUUUUCCGGUCUCCCUUUUCUUGCUAUUUUUAUUUUAAUUUUAUAUUUUUAAAUAAUAAUUUAUUGAUUUUUUUCCGCAGGAAAUCCAAAAUUUUCAGUUAAUUUUAAGCGGGAAAAAAGAAAAAAAAGUGAAAAAAAGAGAUAAAAACUUA